GGAUGCAGGGGCUCGAAUAUGGGGACAGGAAUCACUAACCUAGGUUUUAAAAGCAGACGUGCUAUCAAAGUCUCAGUAUUGCACUGCGACAUGAUUCAUGAAUAUGCAUUCAGCGAGUCCACGUUGGCUUUAUUGGUGAAGGCAUAUGCGUGUCCUGAUGAAGGAAGUGGAAUUUAUAGGCAACUGUUUGAAUUAAGGGGUAGAAGUGUGACCACAGCUUGCGACAGACGGACUAGAUACAUAACGUGGGAGGUCGGGAUUUGAUAACGCGUCCUGACGCACUUGGUUUAUUCAGCGCGCUGACUAUCAACGACUGGUUGCAGAUGGAGAUAAAGAACGAGCUGUCGGAGCCCGUUAGUUGGGUCGCCAUAAUUAAAAGGUGUUCAGCUCUUGACAGGGGUUAUGGGAAAUCUUUGGCUCGUUCUAUUGAAUCAUGUGAACAAAAGGGAG